CGCUUUGUUCACUAAGGAUUGUAGGGACAGAAAUCACAGUGUUGCCUGUGUUAAAACGUUGUUUUUAGUAUUUUUUACCAUCUGAAAUGGGCGAGAGAACACUGGAAACUCUUUAUAAUCGCUGCUGGUCUUUUAUAGUGGCUGUACCAUAUAAAGACGCUCAUAAACCCGUGUCCAGGAAAUAAACAGCCAUGGAAAAUAGUUAAUCGUUAAUUCUGUAGUAAACCGAAGAAAAGGACCGUGUUUAUGGUGUGCUGUGAAAGUUUAGUGAGGAGCUCCGUGAUAACAGCGCCGCCAGGCAGGCAUGAGCAGAGCCGAUUCUGCAGAAAAUGAGGAUUGGACGUGAGCUACGUGCGCAUCCAGGAGUAGACGACAUGACAUGGAGAGACUGCAAAACACGGACCUUUUAAACACACGCGGACGCGAGAGUAUCUGUUCACCGCAAGAGAGAGUCACCAAUGGCUGUUGUGAGUCUCAGGCGGUGAGUACAAUGGUUCUGAACGCGACCACAGCAGAGGAGCUGCUGGCAGGACAUGCGUCCAGAUCUGGAUCCGGGAUCAAGCUUUUGAAGGAGUCCAAGAGCGGCUUGCCUUUGUAUAAUGGCGGAGGAGUGGUAACCCCUUCACCUACAGCAGAAGAAAGUUAUCAUGAUGUGCCGGCGCAGAUGCAAAGUGGGUGUUUACAUCUAAAUAGACCAGUGGAGACCCCCAAUGGGGGCCUCACAGCUAAUGGGGACAGGACUUUGGACAGGCCUUUGAAGAAGCCUUGUGGAGAUGUGCGAUUCAGACAACUCCUGCACCAGAGGAGAAAAGAUGAGGAAAACAAAGACUUUGGGGCCCAUGGUGGUUGUACCACAAUGGGAUCUGGCUCUAGCGGUUCUUCGGAAACGUCCCAUGGACCGGACCCUCUGUAUCCUCCGCUUGAAUGCAAAAGGAGGAGGCUUGAAACGGACUCCGAAACAGACUCUAGUAAAAGCACACGGGCUGUUACGCCCCUCGUAACCAAUUACCAACACAAAAACGGUGGCGUUCCCAGCACCAUGUCAUCCCCUGGUUGGGUCCAUCACAAUGGGCACAAAGUUGCAGUGAACCAUGCAUCCCCUGGCCAGGCCGAGGUGCGGUCCGCGCCGCCUGCGGUGGCCACCAGUGCAGGCUGGUCUCCAGAGCACAUGGCUCAGCAGUACAUAGUUCCUUGUAUGAAGUUCUACGGCAUUUGUGUUAAAGAUGGCUUCCUGGGGGAUCGACUGGGGAGUAAGGUUCUGGAAGAAGUGGAGACUCUAAAUCACAGCGGGAAGUUCAGAGGAGGCCAGUUGGUCAGCCAAAAAAACAUCCCAUCUAAGAACAUCCGUGGAGACCAGAUAGCCUGGGUCGAAGGCAACGAGCCCGGCUGCGAGAACAUUGGAAGCCUCAUGGCUCACGUUGACGAGGCCGUCAUGCGCAGUGCGGCCAAUGGACAGCUGGGGAAUUAUGUCAUAAAUGGCCGCACCAAGGCCAUGGUUGCAUGUUAUCCUGGAAACGGAGCAGGAUAUGUGCGGCAUGUGGACAAUCCGAACGGCGACGGACGGUGCAUAACCUGCAUCUACUAUCUGAACAAGGACUGGGAUGCCAAGGUUCAUGGAGGUUUAUUGCAGAUCUUCCCUGAAGGUCGUAAUGUUGUAGCCAACAUCGAGCCUUUCUUUGACCGUCUGCUCAUUUUCUGGUCCGAUCGCCGGAACCCACAUGAGGUGAAACCAGCUUUUGCCACUCGCUACGCCAUCACUGUUUGGUACUUUGAUGCAAAGGAGCGAGCUGAAGCUAAGGAGAAGUACAGACUGGCUACAGGACAGAAAGGAGUUAAAGUGCCUGUCACUCAGAGCAGCAAGACCUGAAUCUCAGUAUUCGAGUGAACACUCAAGUGUGUCCUGGUUAUGUGUAUGGCGCCGCUUUCAAAGGAGAUGCAAAAGGCCCAACAAUCACGCCUCUUUCUCUGGCCUCAAACAUCCAACAAAACGUUUGAUUUGAUUGGGACUGUCUUGAAAUGGACAGCAUAAACCGAUAUAUCUCAGACUUGAUGGUCAUGACUCUGAAAGGCUAGCAGGAUUGGCCAAUUUUUCUACAGCAGAAACAUCACAAACAGACAUGCAUUACUUUAGUAUUUUGACGAAUUACUGUAUUUAAUAAGAAUUACAGUAUCUAAAAUCAGCCUACGCGUUACACCUCAGUGUGUAAGUGGGUAGAUGAGAUUUUCCAGUGGCCUUUGUCAUAUCCUGUUUAGCCCCAUGAAUGUGUAACCAGCUUAACACUGAGAUCUGACUUACACCAAAGCUCAGCUAGAUCAUGAAACCUGACAAAAUAACCAACAUUCCCAUUAUACAUGCAUGCUUCAGUGGACACAAUCCCUUACGAUUGAGCCUGAGCCCUAGGAAACAUUCAGGGUGAAUUCAUUCAGAAAAAAACAGCGCCCUCUGAUGGCGUCAGUUUUCGCGCAAUGCUUUGCUGCAGGAAUUACGCAAAUCCGGUAAUGUGGAAAGCAAAUUAGCUUGCCAUGGUUUCUCAGUUUGCAGCAGACUUUAGGGCUGUUCACAUGGGAUGUAUUUUUGCGCUGUUUUUUAAUAGUUGUCUUUGCCAGUUCUUCACAUCUCGGUGUAUUUUCUCUGUGUAGUUUCGCUUCACGAGAGUUGCGCUUUUAAGAUGCUGCGCUUUUAAGAAUAAAAAAGUAAUUUAACUUCAACUUAACAUCCAGACUGUGUCCCCUGUGAACAGCCCGAACCUCAAUUUGUUCUACUUCGCUUGGACUGUAAACUAAUGCACCAAUAAUAAAAUUAUGGCCAAUAAUGAAAAGCAAUAAUUAUUGUCUAAUUAUAAACCGAUAACCGAUAAAUGGAUAUAAAUAUUACAAUUCCAUACUAUUUUUUAAUAAUACAUUUAAAACGUAAAACACUAAAAACUGAAUUGAAUCAUUUUAAAUGCUAAAAGUGAAAUUUUGGUCUCACAACAUCAUAUUGUACAGUAUGAAAUAUGAUUACAUUUAACAGUUAUCAAAUUAUUAUUGUUUUUAAAGAAUUUCAAGUGUUGCAGCAAAGAAAAUGAAAUAUAAAAAAUGCAGAAAAUGAGCUGCACAAAUAAAUAUCCAAUAUCGAUUAAUUAAACAAUAUCUAAUAUCGGCAGAUACCCAAUAUGGCACCGAUAUAUUAUACAUUCCUAACUGUAACUGUAGGUCUAAAUUAGAGAUUCAUAUAUUUGAAUUGCAUGUAAAAUUUCCACUUAUUUGGAUUACAGUUUUAACAUAAACUAAUAAACUUAUUGGGAUGCAUAUCUGUCAGUCAUACAUAAAAUAAACACAUAAGAUUUAUGUAACAGCACUUAUAAACUGACUGUUUUAAAGAUACAAUAACCAGGUUUAUAUAUUUUUCAUGAAUAAAUCCAAUUUCUUUCAAUCUCAUACAUUUAAACUAACUAAAUAGUUGCUUGUUCUAAAUCUAGCCACGUUUUAACCAUGUUAACCAUACAUUUUGACUGAAUAAAUAUAAUAGUUUUUGCAAUGAACAGGUUUAUGCUGAUUCUAAGCAAAUUAAAUAAAUGCAUUUUCAUAAUAUAAUUGUUUUGAUAAGAUCAAAUAGUUAAUAAUAUAACUAUGCAAUGUGUUUUUUGUUUUACAUGAUUCUUCAUGAUUCAUUUAUGACUCACAAAUAUGCAUCACACUACAUUUAUUAGUUUGUUUGUGUUAAAAUUGCGUAAGCUUAAUGAAUGGAAAUUUUAUAGGUGUUUCAAAUAAAAUAAAUCUUAAAUUUAUGCCUAAAUGUUUUGCAGCAUCGAUGCCCUGCAGCAAUCCAUUCACCUGAAUCAGCUCUUCAAAAUGCUCCAGACUGCUCCAUCUCUGUAUAUCAGCCCGAUUUUAAUACUCUUCAUCAUCAUUUGAUGAAAUACUGCCUUUUAAAUAAAAUCCAGUUUACCUGCUUUCCAUAGAUGGCUACGAUAAGUGCUAUGGCCGCAAUCCAGAACAUUCUUCAGCCUCAUUUGCAUAGAAAAAAAGCUACAUCUGCCCAGAAAAUAGUGACAAGGACUAGCUGAUUUCACCCCUAAGUUUUCAGGUCAUAAUUUACAGCUAGUUAGAAUUUACAAAUGUAACAAAACAGGGUGACCUUUUUUAAUCUAGUGCAUUAGGCCGAUACUGCUGCAUGCUAUCUUGGCUUUAAAGGGUCUUUCUAUAAAGAUGCACUUACCUGAGAGCUGACAAUCUCCUCCCUGCCUCAGAGAGGCGCUGUACAGCUAAAUUGAUCAAUAUGGGGCUCUCCUCAAAUUAUGGCAACAGUUCUUACAGGUGACCUGGAACAUACAACAGCCUCAUUCUAUCAGGUGUCCACACAAGCACUACCCUUGUGCCUACAUCUCCCAGAGGGCAUUGCAAGUUCAUCAGGUGCUUAUAAGAUGUCUAUGUUCUGAAUGGAACACUGUACACAACUUGUAAGUUUUAAAAAAAACAAGUAUGUGACAGUUUCCAAAGCUAAAUUUUAGUAGUAUGUUAAAUUGUCAUCAAAUGAACUCAUCAUCAUGCCAACAACCUUUUUGCUUUUUUAAUCAGGUUUGUGUAAUAAUGUCUCAAACUCUGAAUAAAUAUAUAUAUUUUAACAUUUGUAAAUAUAUUCAGAUGCAUCUGGCAUUACUUCCCAUUCAUUCGUCUCUCUGGAAAAAGAAGGUCAGGCACAAUGCAUUGUGGGUGCUGUGGUCCAUGCAGUGUGCUUUGGUCAAAUACUGCACAUUUUGGCCAAAGUUGUAGUAGGCCGUCCAGGUAUUCCAUGCAAACAUUUGCAUAGUAUGCAUGUACAGUAUACAUACUCUGUAUUGCUGAAACCGUAUGAGAGAAGUUUGCUAUUCUGAACAUAGUCACAAUCUGAGAACAGCACAGAACAGAUUUCCCAGCAUACUGUUCUAUUCUGUGCUUGAGUGCCAUAGAUGGCCAGAGAAGUGAGACAGUAAAGCACUUUAUCAUGUGUGAUGUGUGAAUGAGAAGCUAUGGAAAGAAAAUGCUUUGUGCCGUGUAACAGUAUGAAACAGAAUGAAUCAACUGAGAACAAAAACAUGUUUGCUUAAACUUUCUGAGUUUUGCAGUAUUUAAUUAAAAUGUGUCCAAUUUUGUA